UUGGGUAAGUUUGAGAGAGCAAAACUAUUUGAUGAAGCAGCAAAGUUAAGUGAAAAAUGAAAGCAAACACCAUGAAUCACCCUCACCACUCCUUCAUCGCCACUCCUCAAGAUCUAGAUCCCCAACCACCACCGCCACCGCAACAGUCCGGCGCCGACACUGCCACAACCACUGCCACCCAACGCUACCAUCCCCAACCUCACCCAGUCCAACCCCAACCAACGCGCCGUCCUCGUGGCUUCGCAGCCACAAUGUCUAAUAAUACUAAUACAACCACCACCAGCACUCCCCCACCGAAAAGCAGGAAAGAAAGGGAAAAGGAAAAGGAGCGGACUAAGUUGAGAGAACGUCACCGGAGGGCCAUCACCAGCCGUAUGUUGGGAGGUCUCCGCCAGUAUGGCAACUUCCCGCUGGCUGCCCGAGCCGACAUGAAUGAUGUGCUCGCGGCCCUCGCCCGCGAGGCCGGGUGGAUUGUUGAGACUGACGGCACUACCUACAGACAAUCCUCGCAGCCUCCUCCUCCUGCGGCUAAUCUUCCUAACAUUAAUCAUUACAAUAAUAAUACUUCCAAUAUGGGAGCAUAUCCAGUGAGGUCAGUUGAAAGCCCACUAUCUUCUAGCUCUUGGAAAAAUUGUUCCACAAGAUCUUCAGUAGACUGUCAGCCAUCAGAUCUCAGAAUCAAUGAGACUCUAUCGCCAGCAUCUCUAGAUUCUGUUGUUGUUGCAGAGAGGGAUGCGAAGUUUGAUAAAGGUACAAGUGCUUGUGCCAUCAAUUCACCUGAAUGUUUUGGAGCAGACCAGAUUGUGCAAGAUAUUCAUUGUGGGGAGCAUAGAAGUGGCUUUCAGGGAACCUUCUAUGUCCCUGUUUACGUGAGACUAGCUACUGGCUUAAUCAACAAUAUCUGCCAGCUAGUGGAUCCUGAAGGAAUUAAAGAUGAGUUACAGCAUUUGAAAUCUUUGGGUGUUGAUGGCGUUGUUGUAGACUGCUGGUGGGGCAUCGUUGAAGGAUUGAAUCCACAAAAGUACAAAUGGUCAGGAUAUAGGCAACUGUUUGACAUCAUUCGUGAGUUUGACAUUAAGUUGCAGGUUGUAAUGUCAUUUCAUGAAUAUGGAGGAAAUGAUUCUGGUGGUAUCUAUAUAACCCUCCCUCAAUGGGUUUUGGAGAUUGGAAAAAGCAAUCAGGAUAUAUAUUUCACGGAUCGUGAAGGAAGAAGAAAUACUGAAUGCCUUUCUUGGAGCAUUGACAAAGAAAGAGUAUUAAGGGGAAGAACUGGCAUAGAGGUCUAUUUUGAUUUCAUGAGAAGUUUCCGAACUGAGUUUGAUGAUUUAUUCAUUCAUGGCUUCAUUUCUGCUGUGGAAAUUGGACUAGGAGCUUCAGGGGAGCUGAAGUACCCUUCUUUUUCAGAAAGGAUGGGUUGGAGAUACCCUGGUAUUGGUGAGUUUCAGUGUUAUGAUAAAUAUUCGCUGCAAAAUCUUCUUAAAGCUGCAAAACUUCGUGGACACUCUUUCUGGGCUCGAGGGCCUGAUAAUGCUGGUUAUUAUAAUUCUAAGCCACAUGAAACUGGAUUCUUCUGUGAACGUGGUGAUUAUGAUAGCUACUAUGGACGUUUCUUCCUCCAUUGGUACGCUCGGGUCUUAAUUGAUCAUGCUGAUAAUGUUCUCUCCCUUGCGAACCUUGCAUUUGAGGACACACAAAUAGUAGUUAAGGUACUUUUCCAACUAACCUCCAGUCAUUAUUUCUUCCAGGCAUAUCCACCGCAUUCUGUGACAGUGAAGUUUGUUGUCCCAGGAUUGCAGGUUUCAUAUCAUGAAAUUGAUGAUUCCUUGUCAGAUCCUGAAGGCUUGAGUUGGCAGGUUUUAAAUUCUGCCUGGGAACGAGGGCUCACUGUAGCUGGUCAAAAUGCACAAUCAUGUUAUGAUAGAGAUGGAUUCACAAGGCUAGUUGAGAUUGCAAAACCAAGAAAUAAUCCUGACCACUGCCACUUCUCUUUCUUUAUAUUUCAACAACCUUUGCCUUCGAUUGAAAGAACUAUAUGCUUCUCGGAUUUUGAUUGCUUUAUUAAAAGCAUGCAUGGAGAUCCGAGUAAUUCAGAGUCCUAAUUUGUAUCACAAAAUUCUAGAAUUUGGAAAGAGUAAAUGUUCAUUUCUGGAAGGACAGACAAUGCCGGGAAGUAGAAUUACCAUAGAUGUGAACCCUGCAACCGAUAUCCUUCAACAAGGAAGGUGCAAUGGAAAUGAUGGAAUCUGUACAUUCAGUAGGUGUUCCUCGUCUUCACCUAGGAUAGUAAAUAUAACUUAAAUCUUAAGAACAUGAAGCCGCAGUUUUUGUAUUUGUAUCUUCAAGACCUCAGAUUUCCAUGGGUACUUAUUCUUGAUUAAACAUAUAUCUAAAGAAAUGUUUAAAGUUAAGAGUCAGGAUUCCUUGUAUAUGUCAAUGUUAAAUGGAACAUGAGAAUGACUGUGGCCUCUAUUGCUCGCGUCCAUCUGUUAACAUGAAAAUUUAGUAGAUUUUCUGGUUACAUUCAUGGCA